AUGAUUUUCAGAUCCUCGCAGCAGGGAGCAGACAGUAGGGAUGGCAGUCCCAGCAGUGCGGCAGCAGAGACACCCUCCAGCGAAGACUUCAGCCUCUCCUUGCUGGACACUAACUUGCCAGCCGAAGCAGAGACUGAAUUGCGCAGUUUUAUCGCUAAGCGUCUUACUAAAGGAGCCCUGUUUGAAGGAAUGGGGAAUGUAGCAUCAGUGGGGCUGAGCAUACCAGAAUAUAAAGUUGGUUGUUAUUACUGUCGUUUCCAACAAGAAAAUCUUCUAGAAAUGGCAACACUGGAAUCAGAUAUCAAUGCUCCAGAAUAUGUGGUUUGUUUCUUAGGUGGUUCAGAGAAAGGUCUGGAACUUUUCAGACUUGAGCUGGACAAAUACAUUCAAAGUCUGAAGAUAAAUCUUGAUUUGGAGCAAAAAUCCUUGGAGACCUGUGUUAGCCCCUACUUGAGAAGCUGGUUUGAGAAUGCCAUAUGCCCCAUUCAGAGAGUGGUACAGCUUUUCCAGGAGAAACUCGCCUUUUUGUUACAUGCUGCUUUGAGUUAUACUCCUGUGGAAGUAAAAAACGCAGAUGAAAGAACAGAAAAAGACAUCAGCAGGUUUCUGGCAGCUGCCAGCCUCCAAGGACUUGUUCAGGAAGGCACAAUGACCUCCUUGUGCAUUGCCAUGACUGAGGAGCAGCACAAGUCAAUAAUUAUUGACUGCAGUGGACCUCAGCCUCAGUUGCAUAACGCAGGAAGCAACAGAUUCUGUGAGGACUGGAUGCAUGCUUUUGUGAAUGGUGCUGAAGGUGGAAAUCCGUUUCUCUUCCAGCAAAUUUUGGAAAACUUUAAAUUGAAGGCUAUACAAGACAUAAACAACCUGAAGAGGUUUAUCCGCCAGGCUGAAAUGAACCACUACGCCUUGUUCAAGUGCUACAUGUUCCUAAAGAACUGUGGCAGUGGAGACAUACUUUUGAAGAUUGUUAAAGUAGAACAUGCAGAAAUGCCAGAAGCCAGAAAUGUAGUGACUGUCCUUGAGGAAUUCAUGAGAGAAACAUCAGUGGCUUAA